GUUAAAUUUCAACUUCCGGGAUUUGACUCGUUGCAAAACAGAGAAGAUAGAGUGGUGUGGAGGAGGACAUCCACCGAGAAAAACCUGGAUAACGUAGUUAAAUAAAAAUGAUGCUUUCAGAAGUCCUGCAGGUGCUGCGUGGGGCAGGUAAAGUGGGGUCCGCCAUGGUCAACACUCAGGGAGAACAGCUUCGGUUAAUGACCUGCAACUCCACCAUGGGAGCAGGGGUCAAAGCUGUGCAGGAUGUGGUGGAAGGUCUGGUUGGCACCUUCAUGGGCGGAAACGCGCAACAGUCAGUGAAGGAGGAUGUGUUCCCGGACGCUGAAGGUUGGGAGAACGUGGACCCUGAUGAGGCGGCCAAAUGGGCCAUGGGCUCAGAGUUCCCGACUGAUGCCGGAGCUGCAGCCGAGACGCCAACAGGUCCUCCUCCCCCAGGCGCAGGCUCUGCAGGGACAGGAUGGCCAGGACAGAGCGCUCGCUUCCUCCACACAUCGCCCGCUCUCCACAGGUUUUACUACCAGAGGCGGUCUGUCCACGACACGGUGGUGGCCAGACUCACACCAGAGGACAUCAAGAAAGCCAGGGAGGCGAAGCAGUCGCUGGUCAAACCUGCCAGACAGAAGCUGAGCGACCGUGCCAGAGAGAGGAAGGUGCCCGCCACAAGAAUCAGCAGGCUGGUUAAUUUCGGUGGGCUGGCUGUAGGACUCGGGAUUGGUGCCAUUGCAGAGGUGGCAAAACAGUCGCUUGGAGGAAAAAAGAAAGGAGACGUGAAUGCGCUGUUGGACUCUCCGCUCCUGUCAGAGGCCAACGCUGAGAGAAUAGUCAACACACUGUGCAAGGUCCGUGGGGCCGCUCUCAAGAUUGGACAGAUGCUCAGCAUUCAAGACAACUCUUUCAUCAACCCCCAGCUGCAGAGGAUCUUUGAGAGGGUCCGGCAGAGCGCAGACUUCAUGCCUACCUGGCAGAUGAAUAAAGUUCUGGAGGAGGAACUGGGAGCAGGCUGGCGUGAGAAGCUUUCAUCCUAUGAGGACAAACCGUUCGCUGCGGCUUCCAUUGGCCAGGUGCAUCAUGGGGUAUUAAAAGACGGGCGAGAAAUCGCCAUGAAGAUCCAGUACCCUGGAGUUGCAGAGAGCAUCAGCAGCGACAUAAAUAACCUGAUGUCAGUUCUGAAAAUGAGCGUGGUCCUUCCAGAAGGUCUGUUUGCCGACAGCAGCUUGGAUGUUCUUCAGAGGGAGCUUGCAUGGGAGUGUGACUACAAGAGGGAAGCGGAGAGUGCCAAGAAGUUCAGGUCCCUGCUGGAGGGAGAGGAGUUUUUCCAAGUCCCUGAGGUGAUCGAUGAGCUGUCGGGCCGCAGGGUGCUGGCGAUGGAGCUGGUACAGGGAGUCCCACUGGACCGUUGUGUAGACCUAGACCAAGAGACCAGGAACCAGAUCUGUUUCAGCAUCCUCCAGCUGUGUCUCAGGGAGUUGUUCGAGUUCAGGUUCAUGCAGACGGAUCCAAACUGGUCUAACUUCUUCUACAACUCGGACACCAACAAGGUUGUUCUGUUGGACUUCGGUGCAUGCAGAAGCUACCCAGAGUCCUUCACAGAUGACUACAUACAGGUGGUGCACGCAGCGUCUGUGGGCGAUCGAGCUACUGUCCUCUCCAAAUCCAAGGACCUGAAAUUUCUGACAGGCUUCGAGGCCAAGGCCUUCGCAGAUGCUCAUGUAGAGGCUGUGAUGAUCCUCGGUGAAGCCUUCACGUCCUCAGAGCCCUUCGACUUCGGCACCCAAAGCACCACCCAACGGAUCCAGAGCCUCGUGCCGGUCAUGCUGCGCCACCGUCUCACCCCACCACCAGAGGAGACGUACUCCCUCCACCGCAAGAUGGCCGGCUCCUUCCUCAUCUGCUCCAAACUGAACGCUCGCAUAUCGUGCAAGGACAUGUUCCUGGACGUGUACAACGCCUACAACCAGAGGAGGCAGGCGGAGCAGGUGGCAAAGGCUGCUGCAUAGACGCUCGGAGACCAGGUCACUGCAACGAUACUCCUCAGAGUGGACUGCUAAGAGAAGGGAGCAGAAACAUGGAGGCCUUGAUCUACAAGUGGAAAAACUGGAUCAGGCUCGACUAAGACCAUGGACCAUGCUUGACUCUAUACCUGUCUCCCUUCUGUGCUGCAGUUAACUCACAUCAUGAACCCUCUACAAAACACACACACACACUCCCCCAAUAACGUCUUUACCUACUUGUAAACACAAGUACUCAACAACUACCACGUGGCAUUUGAUUAUUUUGUAAAUAAUGGUGACACGUGUGCCAUAACAGAGACAUUGCUGAAGCUGAAAUGCUUCUAUCAUGUAAACAAAUCUGUAAAAUCACUGAAGAGAGGAUUAUUUAAUAGAUUUUGAGUGUUGUUGGGUGUGUGAUUAUGUUUUCCUGACGGUUAUGCCUUUCAUCACAGCGAACGGUAUACAACCUGGAACCUUUGUAUGGUGAUUCUCUAAAGACUACAUGUACUGUAAACUGCUGCUGUGCUCUUCAAUUACACUCUAUAUUAAGGUCACACAUUAA